AUGGGUGACAUUUCUAAUGAAAUUAAAGGGAGGAAAUUACCGGAAUUAUUGAAUUUUAAACUUCCCAAGAGCGCGGUUCGAUCAAUAAUUGUUAAAUCGUUACCGGAAUCGGUGCAUUUAAGCGAGGAUCUCGUAAACUCGGUUAGUUGGGCCGCAUCCAUGUUUAUUUUCUACGUUACCACGUUAAGUCGAGAUGCUGAUCAUCAAAAAGAAACGAUCAACGCCGAAAGAGUUUUUGAUGCUUUAGAAACGGCUGGGUAUCAAGAGUUUAUCGAGGAGUUAAAAUCAAAUUUAGAUGCGUAUAAAAACGGGAAAUGUGAACUAAAUGAAGAUGAAGUAUCAGAAGAAUAA